AUGUCCGAACCCGACGCCCCUCGAAAUCGCAAAGAACGCCGCGCCGCCGCAAAGAAAGCCGGCGUCCCCUUCGAACCCACGACGCACGAACCCACAAUCUCAGAGAAAAGCAUCGAGAUGCUCAUGGCGCACCCCGACCGCAGCGGCCCGAAGGGCAAAUCCCUCUUCGACCUCGCCGCCGAACGGCAGGCCGAGAUCCGCGCCCAGACCCCGGGGAAGUACCCCGACGAACCCUCCAACACGCCUGCGGGCGAAGCCCCUUUUGACGACGACCCCAUCGGUCCCUUUGGCACCGCCCUGCUAUACUCCGUCUCGCUGUGCAUGCUGCACUUCACGCUCGACGUGAUAGUGUACAGCCAGUACCGCGAGGAAGUCGUGUGGCGCGAGAUCACGACGCGGACGCUGACGAAUUUUCCGGUGUUUAUGGUAGCGGUGUGGUUGCUGCAUACGAGGACGGCGACGCGGGUGUCGUGGCUGCGGAAUCUGUUCUUUUUGGCCACGAGUGUGGGGGCGGGGUGCUGGCUGGUGUAUUCGGGGAAUAUGAAUGGGUAUUACUAUGUCAUGAAGACGGCGCCGCCGAUUGGGACGGUGUGGGUGUGGAGUGUAGUGGAGAUGGACCUGCUGUACGCGCUAGUGAGCGUAGCGGCGGUGGUGGGGUAUUUGUUUUGGAAUGGGUUUGAGAUUUUCUAA